AUGUCGAAGGAGGAAGCCAGUUCUGUCUCUGCCAACCAGAACCAAAGAUACCUAGACCACGUAACGCACCAGCAAGCUGCGGUGGUUCGUGCGAACCCUGGACUGCCGAAUCCGGCCAUAUCUAAGAUCAUUGGCGAACAAUGGAGCCGACUGCCAGAGGAUGCCAAAAAUGAAUGGAAAGCGCUUGCGGAAGAAGAAAAGGCUCGCCAAGCGCAACAAUACCCUGACUACCGCUACCAACCUCGACGAAACGGUCGCUACAGCAGUCAGUCCUCCGGCUCAGGUCCUCCAAGCAACAGCCAAGUCGACGAGCAAGGCAACUGUAAGAAGUGUGGCGGCAAGACCAUGAACCCCCCUGCCACCCCCUACAAUCCCUAUCCUACCACUCCUCGGGGUCCACCUCCUCAGAUGCCUCGUGGGUCUCAACCCAUCGUCUCUCCACCACAAAGCAGCCGACCUUCUUACCCCGAUCGACACUGGCCACCCGGUCCGCCUCGGUUUGACCCGCGCGACCCUCGUAACCACGAUCCUCGUUCUCGAUAUUCCUCUUUACCAGAUGGACCUCCGGAUGCACCCGAUCUGAAGCGGCGACGGUUCGAUGGCAAUGGCAUUUACAUCCCAACUAGAGAGUGGCGCGAAGCUCCCUACCAGUAUUCUCCUCGGGGAUCUUUCUUUCGGGCGGAGAUGCCUCCCGACGGGCAUCGACCAUCCAUACCCGGCGGGCCUCGCGCAACUUAUGCUCAACCGCCGGCAGCCCACCCUCCGAGAUUAUCGCUUGCACGGCCACCUCCGCCUCCGCAGCAACACAAACGUGAUCCUAGUCUGACUUUACCACCGUUGACGACGGCUUCUAGCAAUCAGCCGCCAUCUACUUCAUCUCCGCCCGGUCUGGAAGCCAUGAUCAUGUCUAUUCCCGUCCUCAACAAAGUGAAGAUCCUUGCGCAAAUCUCACCUCAUCUUGCACCGCCUAAUAUGGACUCUCCACCUCAACCAGUACGCGGCUCAGUCGUCGCCAUUGAAGGCAUGGAUCCCACAGCAGUGUACAGCAUGACUAAUAGCUUGGCCGAGGAGCUGGAGAAGGACGGUAAAUUCGCAGUACGAAUCUUUGGCGGACCAGAUUCAUACUCGCUUCGAGGUGAGAACAGCCGCGCGAGCAAACGACUUUCAAUCGCAGAAACACUCAGCGUGAUCGGCGAAUGGCACAAAAUCAGUGAGGAAAUGAGAAAAUUCAUUACUACCCAAGUCUCUCCCUCCAGUGAAGGCUCCAUGAGCGCUUCAGACCGGCCUCGUAGAGAGUCCAUGAUCAUGAUGGAUGCUCCUGCCUCCUCAGACCCCCAGAAGACUCCCGAGCGCGGUGCAGCAAUAAAGGUGUCCGAAGUGGAGCAUUCUUUCAUCGAGAACGACGAAGAUGCAGAGAAGCUAGCGGCCACAAUAAUAUCUCCAGGAACCAUCUCGCAAACAGCCGAUCUCAAACUAGCAACUCCUCCGUCUCAGCGACACGCUUUUUCGGGCCGCACGGCUUCCAUUGCCGCCUUCUCAAUCAAUCAGUCGAAGGAAACCGACGACGCGCCCUACACUCGUAUCCCUGCAGCUGCCAUGCAGCGCCCGGGCACGCCGCCUCGCGCUACCCGUUCUGCUUCCAAUGUGAGCAACAGCAACAAACAGUUUGACACUGUCCCUCCCCCUCGCUCCGCGACCUCCUCACAACCACCGACCCCUUCUAUCUCCGCUCCGGCCACGGGUGUCCCUCCUGUUAUACCAGUUGCCGUCACACCUUCGGACCACGCCACCUCGGUUGCCAAAUCCGCGCUGCCAUCCCCAGGUCUCGCAUCACCUGGGCCGAUCCCCAUCGCUCUUGUCCCGCAUUAUCAGCUUACGACUGUCGAUAGCGCAGCCAUCACCUUGCCAAUCAACGACUCGUAUUCGCCUCUUGCGCACUGGCAAUGGCUUGCUACCCUUUGGAGAGGCUGUAUCGGUCCGGACGUCAGCAUUGUGAUCAACGGACCUACCGGCUCUGUCUCGGAGGCAUCUGCCGGGGCUCAAGUCGAUGCGGAGAAAGCGAGCCCGAACAGCGCAGGUACAAAGGACGCAUUUGACAAGCAAGGGGAGAAGAACAAGGAUUCGGAGCCCAAGUCACAAGGACCAAACGAUCCAGCGAGAGCCAGCAAUGCUAAUACCGGCACCGACCGUACCUCUACGAGUAGUGUUAGAGGAGGCAGCCAAGGCGUAGAUGUCCGGUUGCUGGAGUGUCGCGCUGUUGUGGUUCGGAUGGACGGUUCUGUUGGCAAGGAUUUGGCCACGGCGAAGGAUAGAGAGAAUGCGGAGUUCUGGGAGAAGGCGAAGAGAAGAGUAGGGUUUGAGGUCGGGGAGUUUUUGCGGCGGUAA